UGCUGUCAAAGUGCACAAAACAAACACACACUGAGUGAAUGCAGACAGACAACGACCAGAGUGCAGUGCCAACAGUUUAGCUUUGAACAUUUCAGCAUUUUCCCUUCAGCAAUGAUCUGGAAACAUGUCGGUGAGUGUGUGGUGGGGGGGUUACCCUCGAUGGCCCGAAGAGAUGAUUUCAGAUUUAAAUGACCAGGAGCAGCACUUUGGUAUGUUUCAGAAUAAGUGAGUCAGAAAGCAGCUUUCUGAUUGGCUGAAGCACAGGAACCAGUUUCUCCCUUGCUCAGAAUUAUAAUUACGUGCAGACUCAACUUCCCUCUCAGGUCUCUAAACAUUUCAGUUUACAUUCAGAACUCCGGCUGUGGUAAUAAUCCUACAGAAAUAAACAUGGAAGCCAACAAACACGCGGGCUUUAAAGCAACACGAGGCUGUUAUCUGCAGCAGGGAAGACGCCGACUGUUCAUGAAAACGUUCUUCUGUUCAACAAGUUCAUUAAACUUGUGAUGUGACAAAUUAAUGGCUAUUUAAAGAUACUAGUUCAGACUGGAUGAAACCAGGAUGAAACAGAACCGACACAGAGAGAAUCCUGUUUACUCAGCAGAUUUACUGUCACUGCUCAUCGGUGUGUGCAUGUGUGUGUGUGUGUGUGUGUGCGCGCGCGCGCGCUCUCAUGAAUGACUGAACGUGCCCUGGAUGCUUCACUCUAUUCGGUUUCUGCUGCAGCAGCUGCUGAGCUGACUGGCCUGGCCCAGAAGCUCCAGGACUUCUCUUUUCUCCUGGAGACGGAUGCAGCAGGUCUGACUCUGUCGCCCUGAUUACCUGCAUCACAGGUGAGAAUAAAGAACUUCAGAAUGCUGAAGCGAGGAACCCUGAAGUUGUUCCACCUGCUGGUUUUCAUGCAGUGUGUGUCAUCUGAGGGAGACUUUGACUGGACCAAGAAUGAGAGAACACCGUUCUACUACAGCACCUUCCCAGCAGGGUUCUCGUGGGGCGUCGGCAGCUCAGCCUAUCAGACUGAAGGAGCCUGGAACGUCGAUGGGAAAGGAAUGAGCAUCUGGGAUGCAUUCGCUCAUAAAACAGGAAAAAUCCCCUCCAAUGAAACAGGAGACUCGUCGUGUGAUGGAUACUAUAAAGUCAAGGAUGACGUGACUUUGAUGAAAGACAUGAAGCUGAAUCAUUACCGCUUCUCCAUCUCCUGGCCCAGGAUUUUACCCACCGGCAUAAAAAGUGAGCACAUCAACGAGAAGGGGAUCCAGUAUUACAACGACCUGAUCAACCAGCUGCUGGACAACAAAAUCACACCUGUUGUCACUCUGUAUCACUGGGAUUUACCGCAGGUGCUGCAGGAGAAACAUGGCGGCUGGCAGAAUGCCAGCAUCAUCAACUCCUUCAACGACUUUGCCAACUUGUGUUUUGAGAGGUUUGGAAACAGAGUGAAGUACUGGAUCACCUUCAACAACCCAUGGUCCAUAGCUGUGGAGGGGUAUGAAACAGGAGAACAUGCUCCCGGAUUGAAGCUGAGAGGAUCUGGAGCUUACAGAGCAGCUCAUCACAUCAUCAAGGCUCACGCUAAAGUCUGGCACACGUAUGACCUGAAGUGGAGAAGUAAACAGAAAGGUCAGAUUGGGAUCUCUCUAACUGCCGACUGGGGAGAACCAGUGGACAUUUCCAGCCAGAAAGACAUUGAGGCGGCGGACCGGUACAUUCAGUUCUACCUGGGCUGGUUCGCUGCUCCCCUCUUCAGCGGGGACUACCCUCACGUCAUGAAGGACUACAUCGGCAGGAAGAGCGGUCAGCAGGGUCUGGGAGCUUCUCGGCUUCCUGUUUUCUCACCUCAGGAGAAGAGCUACAUCAAAGGCACGGUGGACUUUCUGGGGCUGGGACACUACACCACCCGCUACAUCACUCAGAAGAACUUCCCAUCAGGCCUUGGGGACAGCUACUUUGCAGAUCGGGACCUGGCUGAGCUGGUUGACCCACGGUGGCCUGAUCCUGGUUCUGAGUGGCUCUAUUCAGUCCCCUGGGGCUUCCGACGCCUGCUGAACUUUGUUAAGGCCCAGUAUGGAAACCCGAUGAUUUACGUGACGGAGAACGGCGUCUCGGAGAAGAUGCUUUGUACCGACCUCUGUGACGACUGGAGGAUGCAGUUCUUUAAGGACUACAUCAAUGAGAUGCUGAAAGCUGUUAAAGACGGUGUGAACGUUAAGGGCUACACAGCCUGGUCCCUCCUGGACAGCUUUGAGUGGGAUGAAGGAUUCUCACAGAGGUUUGGACUCUUCUUUGUGGACUUCAGGAACAAAAACAAACCUCGCUACCCGAAGGCUUCAGUCCAGUUUUAUAAACGCAUCAUCAGCUCCAACGGCUUUCCCAACCCCAGAGAGGUGGAAGGAUGGAAGAGGAAAGCUGUGGAGACGUGCUCCUCCAGUAACCAGCUGCUGGCUGCAGAUCCGCUAAUCGGCCACAUGGAGAUGGUGACAGAGAUCGUUGUUCCUACCGUGAGUACGCUCUGCAUUCUCCUCAGCGCCGUGUUCUUCAUGUUCCUGCUGCGCCGACGCAUCUAGGAUGCCUCCUGUUUUCCUCCAAUCAGAGCUCAGAGACCGUGGAGCUGAAGAAGCCCGACUUCAUUUAUUUAUUGUUGCU